CGUCACCACAGUGACUACAGAUGAUGAGGCAGCCUGCGCGCUCCCGUCGUCUCCUAGCAACGAAUGAAGCCAAGAUGGCGGCCGAGAUGAUAGAAGAACAGAUGCAGCAACGUGCGUACAAGACGGACUCUGAUGUGUCUGAGCUGUACCUAGGCAGAAAGGGACUGAGAGAAGUCGCUGAUCUAUCAAGGUUUCGUAUGUUAAAAUAUUUAUGGCUUAACCAUAACAAGAUAUCAAGGAUCAAUGUUCUAGGCAAUAAUUUCCGGCUGUCGGAGCUAUACCUGAACAACAAUGAGCUGUGUGAUAUCACAGGUUCUCUUAAGCAUUUAACCUCAUUGCACACCCUGAUGCUCAAUGGCAAUCAUCUCACAAAGCUGCAAGCGACUGUAAAGGAACUGAAGGGAAUGAGUAACCUCCGUAUUUUAAACUUAUUCCAUAACCCGCUGGAGCAGGACGUAGGCUACCGACCGUACGUCAUACACCACCUUCCUUCAGUGCAGAUUCUCGAUCGCGAGCAUGUGAAACAUAAAGAAAGAGAAGAUGCGUUCAAGCUCUUUAACCUGGAGAGGACGGCCGUGAUGCAGUCGCUGGGCUUCGGGAGAAGAACGCACUCUGUUCUCAGCAGCCGACACAGCGCACAGAGCUCCGCAGCCCGACACUCAUCUCAGCUCUCACGAGAUCGGGCUAUGACAUGCAAGGCAAGCAGCAAAGACUUGCAUAAUUUAGAAGAUAAAGUCUUACUAAGGUCGUACCAAAGAUCCAUUAUGCAGUUUACACUCUUGGAUUGGAGAACAGUCCCACCCUUAAAACAUCAACGCAGCAAAGAUCAGCCCAAAGAACUGCCUCAAUUAAUAACGGUUGUGUUUCGGUAAUGACGAGCAGAAAGAGGCGAGUCUGAGGGUGACCAGAGUUCCUCCCUUACCCAGUAUAACAAGCAUCAAUAUCCACAGUGUUCCUUCCCUUACUAUUACUGUCACCACAGUAACACUGAAAGCCCCGUGCUGUUUGGAACUAUGACUCCCAGUAUGCAUUGCAAGCCUAAAGGAUUAAACAUGCUCACAAACUCGGGAUCCGGUCUGAAGAUCGACAGUGUCUAGGUCGACAAUGUUUAGGUCGACCACUAUAGGUCAACA